UGACAGGAUCGACCAGCAGUAGCAGGAGUGCCGCUCGCAGCACACACACAAUGUCCAUGGGUCUGAUGAUGGUCUCGGCCAUGGCCGUGCUCUUGGUGGCGCUGCCCGGCAGCGCCGUGGAGGCUCGCAUGGCCUUUGAGAAGCUGACAGACUUUGACUUUCCGGGCAACACGUACUACAGCGUGAAGAAUCUGUCGCUGUACGAGUGCCAGGGCUGGUGCCGCGAGGAGGCCGACUGCCAGGCGGCUGCCUUUAGCUUUGUCGUCAAUCCGCUGUCGCCGUCGCAGGAGACGCACUGCCAGCUGCAGAACGACUCGUCGGCGGCCAAUCCAUCGGCGGCGCCCCAGCGCUCCGCCAACAUGUACUACAUGGUGAAGCUGCAGCUGCGCAGCGAGAAUGUCUGCCACAGGCCAUGGUCGUUCGAGCGGGUGCCCAACAAGGUGAUCCGCGGGCUGGACAAUGCCCUCAUCUACACCAGCACCAAGGAGGCCUGCCUGUCCGCCUGCCUCAACGAGAAGCGCUUCGUGUGCCGCUCCGUGGAGUACGACUACAACAACAUGAAGUGCGUGCUGAGCGACUCGGAUCGCCGCAGCUCCGGGCAGUUUGUGCAGCUGGUGGAUGCCCAGGGCACCGACUACUUUGAGAAUCUCUGCCUGAAGCCGGCGCAGGCCUGCAAGAACACCCGCUCCUUCGCCAAUGCCCAGCGCAUGGGCGUCUCCGAGGAGAAGGUGGCCCAGUACGUCGGCCUCCACUACUACACGGACAAGGAGCUGCAGGUGACAUCCGAGUCGGCCUGCCGAUUGGCCUGCGAGAUCGAGUCCGAGUUCCUGUGCCGCUCCUUCCUCUACCUGGGACAGCCGCAGGGCGCUCAGUACAACUGCCGGCUGUACCAUCUCGACCACAAGACCCUGCCCGACGGACCCUCCACCUACCUCAACCACGAGCGCCCUCUCAUCGACCACGGCGAGCCCAUUGGCCAGUACUUUGAGAAUCAGUGCGAGAAGUCCGCCGCCGGCCCCGGCUCACCGCCGGGCACCCUGGACAAGAUCGACACGCUGCCCGUCAGCCUGGACACCAUCGAGGAUCCCAAUCUGACCAAUCUCACCCGCAACGACGUCAACUGCGACAAGACUGGCACUUGCUACGAUGUUUCUGUGCACUGCAAGGACACUCGGAUCGCCGUGCAGGUGCGCACCAAUAAGCCAUUCAAUGGCCGCAUCUACGCCUUGGGGCGCUCCGAGACGUGCAACAUCGAUGUGAUCAACUCGGAUGCCUUCCGCCUCGAUCUGACCAUGAUCGGACAGGACUGCAACACUCAGAGCGUGACUGGCGUCUACUCGAACACUGUGGUGCUGCAGCAUCAUAGCGUGGUGAUGACCAAGGCGGAUAAGAUCUACAAGGUGAAGUGCACAUACGACAUGAGCUCGAAGAACAUUACGUUCGGCAUGAUGCCCAUCCGUGAUCCGGACAUGAUUCACAUCAACUCGUCGCCGGAGGCGCCACCACCAAGGAUUCGCAUUUUGGAUACGCGCCAGCGCGAGGUGGAGACGGUGCGCAUUGGCGAUCGCCUCAACUUCCGCAUCGAGAUACCCGAAGACACUCCUUACGGCAUCUUUGCACGCUCGUGUGUGGCCAUGGCCAAGGAUGCGCGCACCAGCUUCAAGAUCAUUGAUGACGAUGGCUGCCCCACGGAUCCGACCAUCUUCCCGGGCUUCACCGCCGACGGCAAUGCCCUGCAAUCGACCUACGAAGCUUUCCGCUUCACCGAGAGCUACGGCGUCAUCUUCCAGUGCAAUGUCAAGUACUGCCUCGGCCCCUGUGAGCCGGCUGUCUGUGAAUGGAACAUGGAGUCAUUCGAGUCGCUGGGCAGAAGGCGUCGUCGCUCGAUCGAUAGCAAUGACUCGAAGAACACCACCAUGAACAUCUCGCAGGAGAUUCUGGUCCUGGACUUUGGCGAUGAGAAGCGCGAAUUCUUCAAGGCAGAUCCCAGCACAGACUUUGCCAAAGACAAGACUGUGACCAUCAUCGAACCCUGCCCCACGAAGACGUCGGUGCUGGCGCUGGCUGUGACCUGUGCGCUGAUGAUUCUCCUCUACAUCUCCACCCUGUUCUGCUACUACAUGAAGAAGUGGAUGCAGCCCCACAAGAUCGUAGCAUAAGUCCGACAGAGAGAGA